AUGUCUACUGUUGCACACAUAUUUUACUUUGGAAAGGAUACUCGUGUUUCCGAAUUCAAGAAAAUUAUCAAAAAAGCUAGAGAACCAGAGUUUGACAAUUUCGCUCCAGACAGACUUAAGUUAUUGAAGCUUAAGAACCCUACUUGCAGAAAAUUGCCUGAAAAUCAAGCAUUGCCCGAAGAUCUCAUUCACGUUAUCGUAGAACGGCCUCCUAUGCCACUUUUAUAUACUGACGGACGUCUUUGGGAUUAUCAAGAAUCGUUUAAAAAUGGACGCGGCAAAACAAACAUUCCUAUGUUUUGUAUGGUGUCUGGUGCCGAAUGUGGAAAAUCUCGAAAUUCUACUGAGAUUCCUAAAAUACUCCGCAAAAUGUUUGUAAGUGAUCCAGAGUUGGGACUUCGUUUACAAGAAGCUUCUUCAACAUUUCCUUAG